CAUAAUUUGUUUGUAUGAGACUGGUGUAAACAUGCAAAACGGAAUACAAAUAAAUAUGGACUAGUGCGAGUUAAACAUUUUCCUGUGCAUUCUGCCUGUUUGUGCAUCCAUUAUUUUAUUAAUAAUAGCAUACAGUUUCUGGACAUUAAAAACUACAGUGUCAUUUAAGAGAAUGUGACGGUUUCCAUAGAAAACCUCUUAUCAUGGAACUAACUGCACUCAAACAUAUUAUUCAGUACAGUUUGAGACUGGUUGUGAUAACACCUUCCUGAGUGACUCAGAUUACUGUUACUAAGCAAGGCACUGGAGACUACAAUCAAUACAAAAUUGUCUUAUCUUCAUGGUAGGAGAAAAUGCCUGCUAUUCUCCCACAAUUACCUGAAUCUAUGUUUACCACCUAUGAUCCAAAAUACACACCAGGGUAAGUUGAUUUUCUAUUUCUCAUUUAUUUUAAAUGUAAUAUAUGUGAAUACAGUGCUGUAUAGCAGUUAAAUUCUGAUGUUAAAAAUAGUCCAUUAUUUUAGGAAAUCCUAAGGUCAGUACAGUUGGAUGUUAAAAAGCUCUGGGGGCUGUUCAUUUAUCAGUGAGCUGUGACAAAUUAAAUCUGACUUUUAAGAUGUAGGUUCAAAUGUAUCCCCAGCUCUUUUUAUGUAUUUUUUUUUUUAAUUUCCUGCUUUGGUUAAUAUCUUGCAUACUGGUUAAUAACGUGUCACAAUUGCCUGUUUAGUGAAUAGACUAUAUGGUAUUUAAAAAAAAUUAAAAAAAUUUGACCUCUCAAAUAUUUGAAUGUAGCUAAUUAUUUUUGAGGUUUAGUCAUUAAACUCUGCAUUGUAGCAAAAGCUGAAAUCUUGUAGCAAAAUUUAGACUGAAACAGAUAUGCAAAGACUAAAGAAGAGAUGACAUUUUCAACAGGGUUAAUUAUUUUCGUAAAUAACCCUGUAAAAUUUUUAUUUUAGUCCAAAUUUUGUUGUUCUGAUUUCAGUUUAGUAUAAUUCAAAGUUUAUAGUUUAAUGAAGAAACCCAUUUGUCUUUAUAAAUUCUGAUCCUCUCUCUAGCUAUUGGAAAAAUACACACGUGAAGACAUUGAUUAACCCUUUCACUACCAAGCAAAUUUUGUUUUUAAAAAUAUUAGCCUAAUUUUUUUGAAACAUGGGGUGCGUACCUAGGAGACAUAGGUAUCCAAGAUUACAUAAUUACAUUUUUAUUUUUGCCUGAAGAGCAAACUUGCCGUUUGAGUUUUUAUUAUUCAUUUAUUAAUUUAUUUUUUUAUAGAAAUAUUGAGGUGAUAAAUAACUUCACACAGUACACAGUAUUUUAUAGCUUGCAUAAUGAAAUAUUAGCAGGCAAGCAAAGACUUUUGUUUCUCUACAAGCUAGCAAUCUUUUCUGACGUGUAUAUAUACAGGUAAAUUAGGCUUUACAGACUAAAUUUUGUUAUGCAAAGCCAAUAAAAAAUGUUCAAAAAGUUUAUACAUUGUUUUGGUAGUGAAGAGUUUCACUACUUUAUGCUGGCCCGAAUGCACCCCUGAUUUUUAUGUUUUUAUUUUAGAUUUGUUCUCUAUUAAUUUAUUCAUCCCAUCAUUCUUUUUUGACUGUACAUAAUUUUAACAGGACACUGUAAGCACUCUAACUGCUUUCUCAUCGUAUUGGUUUUAAUGGGGUCCUCUGGUGCUGUCCUUUGGUUCAAUGUUAAACUUUUUUUACUGAGAGUCUCCAGCUCCCUUUACUGUGCUGCUGGCUAACAAGGAAACCAUAGCUUGAGCAUCAAUGGGCGACAGUGAUUGGCUGAAAGUGUCGUUGACCACUUUCAUCCUAUCACAAUGAUUAUUGCUUCAGGGUAGGCACGACCACUUUGGGCGCAGGAGAUUAAUGGGACACACAGAGGGGCUGGGUGGAAGUUAAUGACACAUGGAUGGGCUGAGAGGUUAAUAAGACACAUGAAGGGUCUUAGGUGUAAAUGAAACACAUGGAGGGGCUGGGGGUUAAUGAGACACAUGGAGGAGCCUGGGGGGUUAAUGAAACACAUGGAGCAGCGGGAGCGGGGUGUGUGAAAUGACAUAUUGAGUGGCUGAAGUGAGACAAAUGGAGAGACAUACAGAGGGCUGGGCGGAGAGAGGCACAUAGAGGGCUGGUGGGAGGCACACAGAUGGCUGGGGGGGAAGAGGUGCAAAGAAACACACAGAUGGCUGUGGGAUGACAAAGAGACACACAGGACCUGAGGAAGGGGAAAAAGAGACAUGCAAAUGGGUUGUGGAAAGAAAAUAUAAACAGGUGCUAGGUGGACAAAGAGACACACAGAAUGGCUGGGAAGGACACAGAGACAGAGAGGGGCCUGGGAGGACAAAUGGACACAGAGCGAGGCUGGGGAGGACAAAAGGGGCACAGAGGAGCUGAGGAGAGAGAAACACACAGAGGGGCUGGGGAGGAAAAAGAGACACACAGAGAGGGGCUAUAGAGGACAAAGAGAAACACAGAGUGGCUGGAGAGGACAAAGAGAAAGAGACACACAAAGGGGCUGUGGGAAGAGACACACAGAGGAGCUGAGAAAAGGGAAAAACAGACAUGCAAAGGAGCUGGGAGGGAAAAAAGACACACAAAGUUGGAAAUAUUAGUUUUUUUAUGGGGCUGGUAGCAUGUGGAGGAGUCCCCUGGCACCUCACUAAUGUAUGUAUUCAAGCUGUUUUAGAACAGUUUGACUUCAUCCCACCUCCAUUACUUUAAACAGAGAACUUCCAACUCCCUUGCAAAGUCUAGCAGUGCAGGACUUUGCUUAUAGCUUAGCAGUCAUCUCACAAUCUCAGCCAAUAAGCUAGCCCUGCCCUAAUAGAAGAUCCUACUCUGGCUUAAUUAGUGGGUGCUGGUAUUGGCGCCUGGCACCCUCCAGGUAAGAAGUCAACUUAGAAUGACGUGGUGCCAGGGCACACCUGGCAUUAUAACAGCUACAGUGGUUAUGGUACUUGGAGUAUGCUUUCAAUGGGUUUUGUUAACUGCCUUGUAUUCUGUAAUUGUUAAGUAGUUUUGCAACUUCACAUGACAGGACAUUGGUUAGUGCUCCUGCUACAGUACAGCAAGUUCAUGGCAGAAGAUUUUCUGGAGCAAUGAUUGCAUAAAAUACUGCCUAAUGUUGGAGUAGUUCCUCAGUUUUGAUCAUUGGCACCCACUUUUUAGUUAUAAGAAAAUACUAUUUUUCCCUUUCCUUUUUGCUUCUCCAUCUGCCAGUAUGCCCUUAAUGGAGGCACCAUCCUAAAUCAUUGCCCUACUAUCCUAUCCUCCAUAACAGAGUCAAACUCAGUAAUUCAAUCAGAUGGGAACAGUAUGCCUUUUGCCACACACCAUUUCUAGCCUAUCAAUGCUUCUCUACGAGGAAGCAUUGGAUUGGCUGAGAUAAUAAAGUCUGAUAAUCUUAGCAGAGGAGGCAAAGUAACCGCCGCAUGGCGAAGGAGUAAUGGUAACGUAUUCCUAAAUCUUUAGUAGUCCUUUAAGCUCAGGAUACAUUGCUAUGAAGUAUAAAAUCUAAACAUGUUUGUGCUUUUGGCAUGCUUUUCCAAGUGAUACAAUAGUCCAUUCUAAUUCUAUUUCAGUUAUACAAGUUACGUGCCAAAACUAAGAAGUGAUAUUGGAAAGAUUUAUGGCAAUGCUACUUUAAGGUAUCUUGACUAUGAACCAGGCUUAAAAAAAGGACAUAGGUUAUCUUUUACAACGUGGGAUGAUAGACAUUCUUCCCUCUCUGCCCAAUCGAAAAGAAGAGAGUUUGGUGAUCUUCAGAAGAAACCAUUCCAGAGAUACGUGGAAAAUGUGAAUCGUAAAAAUGGUAUGGUCAAAAUAAAUGUAAUAUUUUUGUGUCUAUAAAUAAUAUGGUGGGUAUAGACUUUUCAAGUUUAGAUUUGAAAUAAUUAAUGGUAUGGAGCAAGGCCAUGAAGAGACUUUGUUUAAUGGUGCGUGAGGAUAAGUAGAAGCUGCAAUAGAUGGAGAAGGUUUGAAAAGACAAGACAGAAAAAGCUAGACUAUGGGUGGACUGUAGAGAAAAAGAUAGAAAAUAUGAUGUAAGGCAUAAUAUAGAAAGAGUCAGGUAGGGUUGAAAAGGACUUUGGAAGCAGUGAAGGCCAAGGAAUACAAGUGAGAUCGGAAAAAUAAAUGCAGAAAGAAGGGUCUGAAGAAGAAGGGGGCAAGGGCAAUCAAAAAGUAGAAAGAAAGCAGCGAGAAUGUGAAAACAGAAAAGUAGAUGAAGUGGAGGGCAAGGGUGUCUUAGGACAAAGGGGAAAUAAAAAAAGUGACCCUGAAAAAGAAAUAUUCUGUGAUCUGCAAAGAUUAUGGGAACAGAAUUAGUCAAACUGAAUGGAAAAGAGAAGGGACAGAGGGAUGUAACAGUAACAUGGAGAGGGGCUGUUGAAGGUGACUGUAACGUGUGGAGGUGAAGAACUGGACUGCUGAGUUCAGCUAGCAAACAACAUGGUAACAGACAAAUACAACUUAUUUUUUCUACUUUCAAGGAUUUCUGCAUGAUUUUACACAAAUGAAACAUACCUAUGAUGGAAACCCACGCAUGUCGUCUGCAAUUCACACAGUGGAGGAAACAAAACAUGAAUUAAAUAAGCCCCUACAAUGGACACAAUCUGAUACAAACAGAUAUGGAUCUGAAAGACAUGGGCUGGAGCAAUGGGAUCCAAGGAGCAAUGGGAUAUGUGAACAGGUACUUCAUUACACGGAAUUUAAGUCUAAAGAUCCAAUUUGCAUCCAAUUUGAUAGGUUUUAUAUUGUCACCCUUUAUUAAUAGGCACAGUUUAUAUUGGUAUAUAGUUUUACAGUGUUGGGUUAAGGGUUAAUACUGCCACUUGUCAGUAGAUUAUGUGUUAUAUAUAUAUAUUCCUCAAUACAUUGAGGCAUUUAUAUUGGCAUGCAUGAAUACAGCAAAGAGUACAGCACUACAGAAGUCUAGAGUCAUGUGUAUGUGUUUGAUCUCAGCUAACCUUUACAUCACUGAGAAUGAUUGUAGUUAAAAUAUACAGCUAAACUAGACUGGAUCACUGGUGUCUCCAGUAUUCACAUUUAGGGGGGACAGGGACAAAAGUAUAGGGAUAUACAUACAUGCCAAUGAGCAGCAGAUACCUCAAUUUGGUAUAGCAUGUCAAGAAGCAGUAAAAUCUAUCAGCUUUAUAUAUAAUACCAUUGAGCAAUCCAUGCAUUCACUUUAUAAAUGCUUACAAUGGGCAUCAAAUGCAUAAUUUCGCAUAGCAAGCGUUCCCUCUUGGCCAGUGACUAAGCCACUCAUUCGCUAUCAUAUUUCAAGUAAAUCCAUACCCCCAAACAGCAGUGUCCAGUGAAGCUGAAUUUCAGUGGAUGGGGUAAAAGGGUGGGCUACUGAUGUGAAUCACGUAACCAGAACCGCCCAAACGGACAAACAUGCGCAAAAGGGGGCAUGUCUGCAUGAAGAAUUGGUGAAUGCACGUCAGGCUGCCUGCCAAUCAUGCAGGAUGACAAACCAAGGGCAUACUGUGCCAACAGAACCCUGAGCUUGGCAUAAAUGCGUCUAAUGAUGCGCUAACUCUACGCUUUUUAAGGAUUGUCCCCUAGCAUUCACUUGUCCACUCCUCUCCUAACUUUCUUACUAGCAGACAGAAUCUUCUGUUAUACAGCCUGUGAAAGAGAAAAAGCUGUAUGUAGUGAGUGUAAGGGAAGAAAGGAAAUAUGCCACAGAGUUAGAAAGACUGAAGCAGCAAGAGCAUGUGCAUAGUGCGCAAAGUCAGCUUUACUUUAACUAAUUUCAUUGUCAGCCAGUCCACACCAGUUUUUUUCCCUAUACUCAUUUUAAGUUUCCAUACUUAAAUAAGAGCAUGUGAAGAGUAGUAAAAAAAAUAAUAAUUUUUGUUUAAUUUUUUUUAAUCAAUGGGCCUAUUCCAUGGCCAUGGGCUUGGAGCUGCAGCUCCAUCAGCCCCUAUGUUAAUCCGGACCUACUAACUGCCUACUAACAUGUUUGGCUACACAGUAUUUUUUCUUCUACCUUUUGUUUGUUAACCCUUAUGCUGUUGGGAGUAGUAAUGAAAGAUAUAUUGCAUAACAUGAGUCUCCAGUCAGCCAUAAAAUCCCAGGCUAUUGGUAUUUACAUCUCAUUUACUGUACUACUGUUGCAAUUUGCAUGAUACUUUAUAAUAGUUAAAGGACCACUAUAGGCACCCAGACCACUUCAGCUCAAUGAAGUGGUCUGGGUGCCAGGUCCAUCUAGGGUUAACCCUGCAGCUGUAAACAUAGCAGUUUCAGAGAAACUGCUAUGUUUACAAUAAAGUUACUCCAGCCUCUAGUGGCUGUCUCAUUGACAGCUGCUAGAGGCGCUUCCACGCUUCUCACUGUGAAAAUCACAGUGAGAAGACGCUGAAGUCCAUAGGAAAGCAUUGAGAAAUGCUUUCCUAUGGACUGAUUGAAUGCGCAUUCGGCGGAUGACGUCGGAAGAGGGAGGAGAGUCCCCAGCACCAAGGGAGCCCGGCGCUGGAGAAAGGUAAGCAUUUAACCCCUUCCUCCCCCUUCAGCCUGGCGGGAGUGGGACCCUGAGGGUGGGGGGGACCUAAAGACCCUAUAGAGCCAGGAAAAUGAGUUUGUUUUCCUGGCACUAUAGUGGUCCUUUAAGGAAAUUAUCUUUAAAUCAGAAACUAGAUUUUUUUUAGUUUAAUUGUAUUUACAGCAAUACAGGCAUUGGCAGAAGAAUUAAAAAGAUGAAUCCUCUUUUUUCCAAGUUACAUGAUUAUGUCAGCAUAAAUAAGAUGACUGGUUAGGUUUACAAAACUUUGCUUAAAGGGAACAUUUCAUGACAGGCAAUAUAUUGAAAUUAAUUUAGAGUGUUUAAUUAAAAUUGCAAUUAUUUAUUUUUACUCAUUCUGGUUUAUUAUUUUUUUUUGUAGCCUUAAAAUAUUUCUAAAAAAAUCUAAAUAAAAAAAAAGUAGAAAUCACAAUUAUAUUAGCCUACUGUCCUUACAAAUUCAACUGCUUAAUCACAUGACAAAGGUACCACUUAACUGGCUGAUUUAAAUGAUCACCUAGUUCAAUUUGAAAGUCAGCUCCAUUUUAUAUUUCCUUUUAUUCUGAUGCUGUCCGCAUUGCUCCUAUGAUGUCAAGAUAUUACUGUAACAUGUAACAAUAUGCAACUCAUAGCAUAUGUUGUUAGGUUUCUUAUUAAGGUUUGGACAACAUUGGUUUAAUGCAUACAACAUUUUGUACUAUUCAGUAUUUUUAAAGGGAAACAGUCACUUCUCUUGGAUUUAUGCCAUUGAAAGGAACAUUAAAAAUCAUCUAUAAUUUGUAUUAAACUUUUUGCAUGCUAUCCUCCGUUUUCUUUUAAAUUCAAAUUAUAAAUUUAGCAAACGUCACAAGUUCAUACAAGAAAAAUCUGAGCAACCAUUGCUAACGAAGAGGAGAAAAUGAAACGGUUUCUUUUUUGUUUCUCUGUAAGCUUUCUCUAUGGUAAAUGCCAGGUGCAAAAGGCAGAGCUUAUACUAAUGAUUGACAGGGCAUUAAGAUGGCAGUGCCCAUUUGUAAGAUAACAAGGUGAGGAUUUUACACUUAAUUUCAUUUUUCAUAACAUGCACAUAUAUAUUUGUUAAAUAUAGGCAUAAGUGAAUAAAAUAUUAAAAUCCUGCAAGGUUACAGUUUCCAAUUAAAGGAACACUAUAGGGUCAGGAACAAAAACAAGUAUAGUGUUAAAACCACCAUUUAGUUGGCUUACCCCCCACCAUAGUGCUAAAACUCACCUUAUUUCAAGCGUGGUGCUGGUCCACAGGCGCUGGCCCCGCUCUUGAUCUGCCUCCUUGGUGAUUUUUAGCCAAUCCAAUGCUUUUCACAUCUGCAAGAAGGCGGGGCCAAAUACCGUUUGGGCCAAUCAGCACCUCCUCAUAGACAUGCAUUGAAUCAAUGCAUCUCUAUGAGGAAAAUUCAGCGUCUCCAUGCAGAGCGUGGAGACCCUAAACAGCAGUGCUGCCUACUGUUUAGCACUUCCCCAGGAAGCACCUCCAGCGGCCAUCUGAAAAGUGGCCACUGGAGGUGUCCUUAGAGUGCAAUGUAAAUACUGCCUUUUCUCUGAAAAUGCCUGAAGGGAUUGAUUAUACUCACUAGAACAACUACAUUAAGCUGUAGUUGUUCUGGUGACUAUAGUGUCCCUUUAACAAUAAGUAAUGCAAUUAUAAUGCACCUAAAUAUCAACACAACAAUGAUAUAUAUGCACACACAAUGUUGCUGUACUUGUAAACAAUUGUAUUAAUUUAUUAUCCUUCAUUUUGUAUAGAGAGCAUCAUCCUCAUGUCCUCUUCCUUAUGAAGAUAUAAAAAUGAGGACGUGUCUGGAGAAAAAAGUUAAAGAAAAAGAACCUUCGUUGAAUGCAUCUAAGACAAGUGUCUAUCUUCAGAAAAGACUAGGGAAAAUUAUUUAUAGAGCAGACAGUGGCCUGCUCCCCAACUACAGUGGAUAUACACCUGGUACGCAAGUUAUAUUGUAAAGAUUAACUGUUACCUGAAGUAAUGUGAAAAUAAUUAUAAUUAUUUACCUCUAUACUAAGUUACCAGUUUUACAACAGUAGUCAAAUUAGAAAUUAUUGUAUGUCAAAACCAGUAUAUCAAACAGAGUUACAUAUCUAAUCUAUCUAUUUGGUAUACAAUAAUUUCAAUAUAUAUACUAUAUAUCUAUAAAACCAUUUUCCAUGAGGGCUAUAUCAGCAUUUAAUUUACAGUAGUGUUCAAUAGUAGUAGUAAUGAAAUGUACUCAAGUUAAAAUGGCAUCUUGCAUACAUUACAGUCUAGUGCAGGGAUGCCCAGAUGCCAUAGAACUACAACUCCCAUGAUCCUUUGAAUUCCUUUAGAAUUCCAUUAGAAUGACAAAGCAUCAUGGAAGCUGUAGUUUUAAAACAUCUGGCGAUCUACCAUUUGGGCACUCCCAUCUAGUGUGAUCCAAGUAUUAGACAAACUUGUGCUUUAUGCCACAGAGUAAUAUGGUACCAAACUUAUUAUUGUCUUUAUUUAUUUAACAGGGCAGAUGUUUGCGAUUGGAAACACCUGGGGAAGAAGUACUAUGAAUGCUGUAGGGAAAAUACAUGUGCAGCCUUUCCUAUUCACAUCUCUUAUCUGAGCCAAUUUAAUUACAUGAAAUUCUUAAAAACAAGAUAAUUCUUUAUAUAUUUGUUCUAGAGAAACACUUUGAUUAUAAAAUUAUGUUUGGUGAAAAAAAUAAAUCAGAAGACUAAUUACUAAAGUAUUAAGAAUUAAACGUGAAUUAUAAAUUCCAGGUCAAAAUGGCUGAGCCGUUUACGCUUUGUGUUUGCUACGCUGGCCUUAAAUUUAAAAUUCACUUUAAAUUUUAACUUUAGUAAAUAACCCUGUGUGAAUGUAAUUGUAAUGUUUUUCUUUGACUUUUCAUUCUAAAAAUUUAAUCUGUAUCCUAAAUACUAUAAUCAUUUUAUCAUCUUGUAAUAUUUUCAAAUACAUCAGAUAAUGCAAUGCAUUACAUCCCUCCCCAAAUGUCAAAUGACCAAACAGGGACACUUUCAGUUUCGAAGAUGUAGCUGCAGGUGUAAACCAGAGACAGGGCAAUUUCAAGAUAUUUUAGGUGUAUUUAUGACUCACUGUAAAUGAAAAUAUAUUUUAGAACAAUAUGAAAUUGUAUUUAUUUUUAUUGUUUUUAUUUAGUUUUUUCCCCAC